CCGAGAGCAUGGCCGGUGCUGACUCAAGAGGCUCUCCCCAAGCAAUCGGUCCUUUGCUCCGCACUGGUGGCUUGUAGAGACAGUUUUUCCCGCAGUCUCACAAAAAGAGUUUUGCUACCUAAUGAUUCUUCCAAACUCCAGAAAUGGCUUAAUCUCCUCUGCUUGUGUUAUUUGGACAUGUAACCAAUGCUAUAGAGAUGAAAACUUACGUCAAAUGGAGACCUGUACCUGAAAGGAACUAUUUAAAAUAGAAGAGCACUUGGCUGCAAAAUGGGAAUGCUUUGCUCAGUUAUAAAGUUUGAAAAUCUCCAUGAACUGAAGAGGCUGUGCCACUGGGGCCCUAUCAUAGCUCUCAGUGUGAUAGCAAUAUGUUCUGCCAUGGCUAUGAUCGAUGCUGUUCUGUGGUACUGGCCUUUGGACACAACAGGAGGAAGUAUCAAUUUCAUCAUGCUUAUCAAUUGGACUGUUAUGAUUCUUUACAACUACUUCAAUGCCAUGUUUGUUGGCCCUGGAUAUGUUCCUAUAGGAUGGAAGCCAGAAAACUCUCAGGACUGCAUGUAUCUUCAGUACUGUAAAGUAUGCCAGUCUUACAAGGCUCCACGCUCACAUCACUGCCGAAAGUGUAACAGGUGUGUGAUGAAGAUGGACCAUCACUGUCCUUGGAUUAACAACUGCUGUGGGUUUCAGAAUCAUGCCUCCUUUACUCUCUUUCUUCUCCUGGCCCCCCUAGGAUGUAUCCAUGCUGCUUUCAUUUUUAUCAUGACCAUGUACACUCAGCUUUAUAACAGGGUAUCCUUUGGCUGGAGUUCUGUAAAGAUCGAUAUGAGUGUAGCCAAAAGAGACCCCCGCCCAAUUAUACCUUUUGGAUUAUCUGCAUUUGCUGCAUCUUUAUUUGCCUUGGGACUGGCUUUGGGGACAACUAUAGCAGUUGGAAUGUUGUUUGCAAUCCAAAUGAAAGUUAUUUUAAGGAACAAAACUUCAAUUGAAUCAUGGAUUGAAGAAAAAGCCAAAGACCGUAUCCAAUAUUACCAAACGAGAGAGACUUUUGUUUUCCCUUAUGACUUGGGAAGUAAGUGGAGUAACUUCAAGCAAGUAUUCACUUGGUCUGGAAUCCCAGAGGGAGAUGGCUUGGAGUGGCCUGUGAGGGAAGGUGCUCAUCAGUAUAGUCUGACGAUAGAGCAACUGAAACAGAAAGCUGACAAACGAGUGAGGAGCGUACGGUACCGAGCAAUAGAAGACUACAGUGGUGCCUGCUGCCCUCUCACAAAAGGCUUGAGAACCUUCUUCACCACUCCAUGCACUGAAGAACCUAGAAUUGCACUCAACAAAGGGGAUCUGAUUUUAGCCACUAGAGGCUUGAAACACUGGAUGUAUGGAGACAAAAUUACUGAUUUGACAACUGAUGAUGGGAAGAGAAUCAGAGGCUGGUUCCCAAGAAGGUGUGUAGAGAAAUGCCUAUAUGAUUCUGAAACUGAUCAACAGUUGGAUGGAGAAAAGAAAACAAGAUAGCACUUCCCUGUCCGUGUAUUAGUAAAUGGAUUUUUUUUUCUUUUGGACCACUGUCCUUUUACUUGAACUGUUCUGCAUAUUAUAUACUUAUGCUUUGAACAAAAAGUGUAUUUGUGUAUUCACAAGAAUAGGUGCCCCAGUGCCCUAACUGUUAACACUUUUGCCAUUUUUAAAAUGGAGGAAGCCAUUCCAUAGGAUGCCUUUUGCUAUUGAAAUUUUAUAGUUCAGAUCAUCAUUUGAUCCAUUUUCAUUUUAUUUAAUACCAACGGUACACUUCUUGAUUUUAAAGUCCUUUUCAUUAGAAGGCAUCUAGAUGACGUAUUCUGUUUGUUACUUAACUGUUACAUUCCUCAAGUUGCCCUUUCACCACGCCCUCCCACCUUGAAAUAGGAGAAAUUUGGAUCAGUGCAGAUGCAAGUAAAAGGCUUAAUACCUGGAAUAAUUUUUUUUAUUUUAAAAAUUAUGUGAAUUUUUGUCACUCACAAAUA